UGUCUGGGAGAAACAUGGCUGCUUACAGUUCUCCGACGGUGCAUUUAUUUACUUUUCUUACAUUUUUGACUACAGAUGCGUUAGAAGGCUGCGAAGGGAGGUAAAACGAAACCAAAUGUCCCUCUGGUGAAAAAGCAAGAUUAGCGCUUCUGGAGUCCGUACACUGAGAUUCGCACUGUGACCCAGUAGCAUUAGUUAGCCUGCUAAGCUAACUGUUAUUAGCUAUGUUUAGCCCCGUCAGGUCUUCUUAUUUCAGAGUCAGUCCGACUAUUAUCAACAGAGAACUUGGCAAGACAAAGAUGAGAUAGCAAGAGGGCACUGACGCACACAAAUUACAGCAAGGCUGAGUUCUGACCUAACUGAAGAAAAGUCACAGGAAACCAUGUUUGGGAAUCUCUUCAAAGAAGAACAGGAGGAAGGUUUUUCUUCCAUCCCUUCCAGGGGAAGAGUUGCUAAAGGAGAAGAGCCACCUCCUUCGCGAGGAAGAAGCAGUCUGUGUGGUCUCAAGAACCAGGGAGGCACCUGCUACCUCAAUUCUCUCCUCCAGACUCUCCUGUUCACCCCAGAGUUCAGAGAGGAGCUGUUUAGUCUGGGGCCAGAAGAACUAGGGUGUCUAGAAGACAAAGAGAAGCCAGGGGCCAAAGUCAGAGUCAUCCCGUUGGAGCUCCAAAGACUGUUUGCUCAUCUGCUUCUCGUGGACCAGCAAAGUGCUUCCACUGCUGAUCUUACUGGCAGCUUUGGAUGGAACAGCAGAGAGGGCACGAAUCAGCAUGAUGUGCAGGAACUGAACAGGAUUCUUUUCAGUGCUCUGGAGCACUCUCUUGUGGAUACCAGUGGAAGUGCGUUUAUCCGCCAUCUGUACCAUGGGACCAUUGUCAACAGCAUUGUCUGCAAGGAGUGUGGUAACAUCAGUCAGAGACAGGAGGACUUCCUGGACUUGACGGUGUGUGUCUGUGGCGUGGCCAGUUUGGAAGGGGCUUUGUGGGACAUGUUUGUCGAAGAAGAGUUGUUUGAAGGCAACAACUUGUACCGCUGUGCACAGUGUGAUAACCUUGUCACUGCUGCCAAGUCUGCCAAGUUGAAGGAACUUCCUCCAUUCAUGACUAUUUCAUUGCUGAGGUUCAGCUUUGAUUUUGACAAAUGCGAGCGGUACAAGGAGACAGGACGCUACAGUUUUCCCCUCACCAUCAACCUGCGACCAUUUUGUGAACAGACAGAUGGAGAGGAUUCUGAUUAUGCCUAUGAACUCUUCUCUGUAAUCAUCCACAAGGGCGGCUGCUACGGCGGCCACUAUCAUGUUUAUAUACGGGAUAUUGACCAGCUCGGCCAAUGGGAGCCACCGGAGGAUGACUGCAAGUCUAAGGCUCAGACGAAAGCCAAGCAGGAGGUCAAUUUGUGGAAACCAAAGCUACAAGAAGAUGAUCCUUUGUCUGUCCUCACUUCUGUUAUUGCCCAGGACCCAUCGAAGAGUGUUCUGUUGGACCAGCUCGGACAGAAACUGAUGGAUAAAAUUGGAUCGUCCUGGAGCAAAAAGUUCAGAAAGCAUUAUGGUCCAAUAGGCAAGUUCCUGCAGUCGCACAGUGAUGUUUUCAUGUUGGUGUGCAAUGGUACCCGAGUAGCACUGAAGGCAAACCCACCAAGCCAGAUGAAUGAAUUUUCCAGCGUAGAAGAGCAGACUGCUAAUACUGAUACUUCAGAACUCCUAGCCUCAGGAUCUGGUGAAGAACAGCCAGGGCCAGCCAGGGCUCCUGAACCCGAGGGUAGCCAUUGGUUUGACCUCAAUGACUCCAAGGUGACCUCCAUCAGGGAGUCUGACAUAGAGAAGCAGUUCCAGGGUAAAGAGAGCGCGUACAUGUUGUUCUACAGAAAAACACAGCUGCACAGGCCGAGUGAAGCUCUGAACAACCCCCUCUAUAAAGUUCCUCCUCAUCUCAUUCAAAUGGCUCAGGAGGAGAACAGCAGAUUGCAGCAGUUGCGUGAGAAGUUUGAAGCCAGCAACAACUCUGUGGAGUUACGGCUGCACCUGGCCCCCUGUUACAAGGUCGAAAAUGGAGCCCUUCGGCCUGCUAGCCAAGAGCACAAUGGGAACAUAAUCACCCUCACCUUUGACCGCAGGAAGACUGUGGGAGACCUGCGAUUAUUCAUCUACCAGAUGCAGGAACUAUGGGAGGGGGAUAUGGCACUGAGUGUGGCCAGAAGUCAUCCAGCAGGCCUACAUCUCUACAGUACUCUUACAGAUGAUACUCUGUCCCUGUACAGUGCAGGCGUCUUUACAGACUCUGACCUAUUUGUGUGGAACGGCAAAGAUGUGUGUGGCACACCUGUCCUAACUGGAGCUGAGUGGGAGCCUGUGCUGCUCACCGUAGUCCGCCCCUUCUUAGGGGAAGAUGAGGAGCAUGAGGUGAAGGGGCGGGUCGGAUGUGAAGAAGUUACUAGGGAGAUUGAAAAUGGAGGGCCGGGGCUUAAAAGGGAGGCGAGAGGAUUUGCAGGUGGUGUGACUCUCGGGGAGGUGAGAGAUGCCUUGGGCCAGCCAAAGGAGAGUCUGCUUUGCCAGGAGCAUAGGGGUGGCACAAGAGGAGAGCAGGAGGGAGGAGGUUCAAGCGGAUGGAAGGUGUUCCCCCCUGAUGACAUGCAGCGCACCUUAAAAGAACUGUCGCUUAAAGACGGGGACGCUCUGCUGGUGCUGGAGCCUCAUUCUUUUGGAAGCAGCAUGUUCACUCUAAAUGGAGAUGUUGUCACGGUGACAACACCGUCUGACUGCCGCUGGCUUCAGGUGGAGUUUCAGCCACACAGAGGAACUGGAGAACAGGAGUCUGAGGGGCAGAUAAGGAAAAUAAAGGUUCCAGCCACAGGGAAUAUGCUGCUGUGUGAGGUGAAACAGAGAGCUAUUGAGGAGCUGCAACUUCAGGAGCAGUUGUCAGGUGAACAGUGCUGUUUAAGACAGGUGGACUGCACUGGGAAACGCCUUCCUCCAGUGUGUGAGGAGUUAAGUGUUCGAGAUGCAGGGGUGCGACUCAUGACAACACUGAUUCUCUGUCCUGGGAAUGCCCCCAAGACAUCACAGCUUUUCUUGCACCUCUCUGUGGGCACAGCGCCCUCUGCUGGCAUGGAAAUGGACAUAAUUGUGGAAAAGACGUGUACUGUAAAAGAGUGUCUAAAAGCAAUGUUAGAUGCUGUUGCACUUGAAGGCAACAGUUGGCACUUGAGGAGGCUUGACUGGUGUGAAGAGGUUGGGGAGCCACUAGUAGACGAAGAUGCUUUUCUAUCCGAUCUGAACAUCAGCCAAGGAGAGACGUUGGUCAUCACAGAAGGACGACUUCCUCCAAAGGGUUUUCUCAAGCUGCUUGUGUGGCUGUAUCUGGAUCCCAGAAACAAUCCACCAGCUUCCACAGAGACAGUCUAUCUUCAUAACGGUCCUGAUGAGAAGCAGAAGGUGGAGACUGUGACUGCUGGAGAUGUGUGCAGUCAGUCAUUCGCUUCAUUUGGUGGCAGUGUGACUGAACCCAGAAGUGUAGGACAAGUGGAGAUAUCAGAUGAAGCCACACUGGAGGAACUCAAGACUCAGGUAGUGACCCUUCCUGCUCUUCAGGAUGUGUGUUUUCCAGCUGCUGCGUUCUUGCGUUUGUGGCAGCUGGAGGGACGGAGGCUGACCCGCAUCAUCAGAGGACAUCAACUCACACUCAGGAAGUUGAAGCUCACCAGCGGCACAGAACUCUGUGUGCAGCAGCUGCUGAAGGAGGAAGAUCUUGGUCCAAAAGAUGUGUUACUAAAUGUUCAGAUGGGUGUGCCAGGGGAGAGAUCUUAUUAUCCUGCAGAAGAGCUGGUUUGGGAUACGUCCCAUGAGUCCUCUCCCCACUCGCUACGCAGUUGUUUAGCCGCGCACUAUGGCCUCCCAGUGGACUCUAUGCUCGUCGCCAAACACCAGCCAGAAAAGCACACCUGGGAAGAAAUCUCCAACUGGAUCCAGCAGAUUUCCAAAAGGAAAAAGAAGAAAAAGUCUGAAUCACUUCUGUCUGUACCUUUCCACCUCAAAGAUGGUGACACAAUUGGCAUCAAGAACCUUUUGAUUGACAACAAUAAGGACUUCUGCACUCUGGAGGAUGAGCUUGGACAACAGCGGCUCAGAGAACAGGCAGAGCAGGGCCGGAAAGGAGGCUGCAGCGAUGCUCAGGAGGCUGGCCCAGUGAAGAAGCUGGGAAAAGCCAAGUCCAGGAAGCCAGAGGUGGCGCUGUCUAUCAGUAUUGGAACAUUUAGAUAGCACAGAUGACCACACACACACCAAACAAACCCCCCCCCCCCCCCCAAAAAAACACACAAUCCGAUGCCACGUUGAAAACAUAAAACACUUGACAUCAAUUUUGUGCCAUUUUUUUUUCUUGAUGAAUAUAAUUUGUCCAGAUGGUUCAGAUGUAGAUGUUUUCUGAUUUUUAUGAGAUGCUUGUGGCAGAGCAAGUUUAGGAAUUCCAGCACUGACCUUUUCAUGUAACUAUAGAAUGUAUAUGUCUAAGUAACAUGUGACUACACAACCACACAGCCUUCACACAUACUGUACCCUGUGUUUUAUCUUCAUUUACCCUUUCAUUUCAAUUCAUUUGACUAAAGGAUCCUCAGACACUUUGAUCUUUAGAAAUUAAUAUUUUGAACAUGGAUCCGUAAUUGCAGCCAGAAUUCCUGUUUUGUGUACUAUUAUAGCAGGUUGUUAUACAACAGAAUUGUUGCCAAGUGUCAUGCGCAAACUUUUUAUAUAUAUAUAUAUAUAUAUAUACAUACACCAGUUAGUGUUUUUUAAUAUUUGGCUUGUAUUUUAAAUCCACUACAGUAGCUCCAGUGUUCAGCCCUCAUUUGGCCCUGUUUUAGCGUAUUGUUGGGGCUCUCCUUUUUAUAAUCUAGUCAUCUCUGUGCUCUGUAAAUAAAUCAGAUUUGUGGGUUUUGUAUAUGGGCCAGAUGUAGGAUGGAAAAAGAAGAGAGGUCGGCCUUAAUGUGGAGCAGCGUCGGCGCAGCUCUGCCCCUCCCUACCUCACUCUCUCUCUUUGUUCUUACCAUCAUUUGUAUUUCUCCUUUUCUCAAAAUGCCUUUGCUUCCUGUGACCCAUCAUUAAACCAGAACGGCACUCCCUAGAGGGCGUGCAUCUGCAAAUGCCCAAAAUGGACUACUGCUUUAUCUGAAGUUUAUGUUCUCACUUUCAGGCCAGGUUCAGCUCUGUCAGGGAGUUAAUCGCAGUUUUGAAAUAAAUUUGACAAUCCAACAGACAAAUGUACUCCAGCAAAUGUGUUACAUCAUUUGUGGAGG